UCAUUCAGGGAAAAGGCUCUUUUCUAAACGUGGACGACAAUCACGACAUAUAUAAGACAUAUAAGGAGACCGGGUCCCCUGCACUUCCUUGUUUUUCUAAUUCGAAACCAAUCUCUCACAAUCAAAUCACCCGUACAUUAUUCAGAGGUGUGAGAAAAUGGCAUUGGAGAAGGCUCAGCAGAUCGUCUCAUCAAAUUCCGUUGUCGUCUUCAGCAAAUCGUACUGUCCUUUCUGCGUUGAUGUGAAGAAGCUGCUGUCUCAAUUAGGCGCCUCUUUCAAAGCCAUUGAAUUAGACACUGAGAGUGACGGAAGUGAAAUACAGGCAGCACUCGCUCAGUUGACUGGACAAAGAACUGUGCCAAAUGUGUUCAUUGGUGGGAAGCAUAUUGGAGGAUGUGAUGUUACUACUACCUUGCACAAAGAAGGGAAGUUAGUGCCUCUGUUGACUGAAGCUGGAGCUGCCAUCAGCAGUGCCUAAUACAAUUUACCUAGACAAUGAUGAAGGUGUCUAUUAUAAGGAACUAGAAAACUGAGCGUUGUGCUUCUAAAUAAGGCCAUAUAUCCUGGUUGACAAGUAUUGUUAUCUUAUUAAUAGCUGUUGUAUCUAUACUUGUUUUUACUCCGUAUUUAUUUCUCGAUCAUAUUAUGUGUUUAGUUCAUUGAUUUGGUUGUCUC